GGCGCCGGCUGGACCCGCCCCAGCUCUAUGGUCCGCCCAGCCCUGCGCGAUGGGGACUCUAGGCGCGGAGGUUGGCGCGGGGCGAGCCCGCAGCUCGCGGCAUGAGGGCGGGAGCGCGGCGGGCGGCCGGCCGGCCGGCGGGGGCUCUCUCCGCGACCCCAGCUCCCCGCGCAGCCGCCCCACCACCUGAACCCGGAAAACGCCAACAAGUAGUUUGUCGUCCGAGGCAGGCGGGUCGGCUGGGUGUCUGGACUCCGCCUGGCCGCCGGGAGAACCUCGCCUGCUCGGAAACCGCCGCUGAACCACUUUUUCCCCCCGGUUUCCUUAAGUCAUGUCUGAGCUAGAGAAAUGGGCAAGAUCGAGAACAACGAGAGGGUGAUCCUCAAUGUCGGGGGCACCCGGCACGAGACCUACCGCAGCACCCUCAAGACCCUGCCCGGGACGCGCCUGGCCCUGCUCGCUGCCUCCGAGCCCCAGGGUGACUGCCUGACGGCGGCGGGGGACCCGCGACAGCCACCGCCCCCUCCGCUGUCCCCGCCGCCGCCGCUGCGCCCGCCCCCGCGCUCCCUGGGCGGCUGCUUCGAAGGCGGCGCGGGCCACUGCAGCCCCCCCGGCGGAGACCCCCUGGGCGGCAGCCGCGAGUUCUUCUUCGACCGGCACCCAGGCGUCUUCGCCUAUGUGCUCAACUACUACCGCACCGGCAAGCUGCACUGCCCCGCCGACGUGUGCGGGCCGCUCUUCGAGGAGGAACUGGCCUUCUGGGGCAUCGACGAGACAGACGUGGAGCCCUGCUGCUGGAUGACCUACCGGCAGCACCGCGACGCUGAGGAGGCCCUGGACAUCUUCGAGACCCCCGACCUCAUCGGUGGCGGCGACCCUGGAGACGAUGAGGACCUGGCGGCCAAAAGGUUGGGCAUCGAGGACGCCGCGGGCCUGGGGGGGCCCGACGGCAAGUCUGGGCGCUGGAGGAGGCUGCAGCCCCGCAUGUGGGCUCUCUUUGAGGACCCCUACUCGUCCAGAGCUGCCAGGUUUAUUGCUUUUGCUUCUUUAUUCUUCAUCCUGGUUUCAAUCACAACUUUUUGUCUGGAGACACACGAAGCUUUCAAUAUUGUUAAAAACAAGACAGAACCAGUUAUCAAUGGCACACGUGUUGUUCUACAAUAUGAAAUCGAAACAGAUCCUGCCCUGACGUAUGUAGAAGGAGUGUGUGUGGUAUGGUUUACUUUUGAAUUUUUAGUCCGCAUUGUUUUUUCCCCCAAUAAACGUGAAUUCAUCAAAAAUCUCUUGAAUAUCAUUGACUUUGUGGCCAUCCUACCCUUCUACUUAGAGGUGGCACUCAGUGGGCUCUCAUCCAAAGCUGCUAAAGAUGUCCUUGGCUUCCUCAGGGUGGUAAGGUUUGUGAGAAUCCUGAGGAUUUUCAAACUCACCCGCCAUUUUGUAGGCUUGAGGGUGCUUGGACACACUCUUCGAGCAAGCACGAAUGAGUUUUUGCUGCUGAUAAUCUUCCUGGCUCUAGGAGUAUUGAUAUUUGCCACCAUGAUCUACUAUGCUGAGAGAGUAGGAGCUCAACCUAAUGAUCCUUCAGCAAGUGAGCAUACGCAAUUCAAAAACAUUCCUAUUGGGUUCUGGUGGGCUGUGGUGACCAUGACUACUUUGGGUUAUGGGGAUAUGUACCCCCAAACAUGGUCAGGGAUGCUAGUUGGAGCCUUAUGUGCACUGGCUGGAGUGCUGACAAUAGCCAUGCCGGUGCCUGUCAUUGUCAACAAUUUUGGAAUGUACUACUCCUUGGCAAUGGCGAAGCAGAAACUUCCAAGAAAAAGAAAGAAGCAUAUCCCUCCUGCCCCUCAAGCAAACUCACCUACUUUUUGCAAGACAGAAUUAAAUAUGGCCUGUAAUAGCACACAGGGGGACACAUGUCUGGGAAAAGACAAUCGACUUCUGGAAUAUAACAGAUCAGUUUUAUCAGGUGACGACAGUACAGGAAGUGAGCCGCCAUUAUCACCCCCAGAGAGGCUCCCCAUCAGACGCUCUAGCACCAGAGACAAAAACAGAAGAGGGGAAACAUGUUUCCUACUGACAACAGGUGAUUACACGUGUACUUCUGAUGGAGGGAUCAGGAAAGGAUAUGAAAAAUCCAGAAGCUUAAACAACAUAGCGGGCUUGGCAGGCAGUACUCUGAGGCUCUCUCCAGUAACAUCACCCUACAACUCUCCUUGUCCUCUGAGGCGCUCUCGAUCUCCCAUCCCAUCUAUCUUAUAAACCAAAUUGCAUCAGUGAACUAAAUUGUAUAAAUUCAAGUACUGUUCACCCCAUAAUGGAAAUAAUUAAAUGUAGAGUGACUCCAGGGUCCACUAAUACAGUAUAAAUCCUGCAUGAAACUUCUAUCUGAAAUCAGAAAUGCCAGUUGGGUAGCUAACUUUAAAGUUUUAUCUCAAGUAGUACUACUAUUUCUCUAUAUUAAUUGGCUCAAUCUCCUAUUGCAAUAAAAUGACAGACUGUGUCAGAUAUGGCCAGUAUACAAAUACAUAAACAUAUCUUCAGGGAGAUAUAUUUAAAACAGUGUGCUUCCAAAUGCCAACCACUUCAUUGGACUUUUCAUUUCUUGAGACUCUAAACCAUUCUGAAGAUGUUUGGAUAUUUAUCUUGAUUGCACACAACAUGACUUUGGUCAGCUCAUUUGCAUGGGCCAUCUUGUCUCUAUCACCUGAAAGCAAUGUCUCAGAUUCCGGGACCAUGGAUAUGUGCACUUACAUCAAACCAUCCUGCUGACUUAUGAAAGUAUCGGUACACUGUUUCUCAUGUUGAAUUGGGGGGCAGGGAGGGCAGAGUUCUCUUUGAUAUUUUCUCUUUAUUCUUUAAAUAUAUAUUUGAAAUAGGUUCAUUUCUUGAUUGAUUUAAUUUUAUUUCUAAAAUGUUGUUUUGGAGUUCUGAAUGUCUUUGGUUGUUUGCACACAGAUAACUGCAAAGAGGUUGUCAUUACUGGCUACACGCAAGCUGAGGCCAGAGCUCUUACUUAAUGGCUUGGGGAUUGCACAAAACAUAAGAGAAAGGUAACUGCCAGCCAGGCGUGCAUUGUUUAGUCAGGAAUUGCUGCUUGGUAUUAAUUAGAGUCAUAUAUCUAUAAAUUUUUUUCAAUCCCAGAAUGUGUCAUUUUUAGCAGCAGAGUGCCAAAUAUCACCUAAAUCUCUCGUGUCUUUUAUUUUACUCCCUUUUUAAUUUUAUUUCUUAUCUUUUGUGCAAACAUUAAAGAGCAUUGCUGUUCACAACAGGCUUUCUUGACCAGCCUUAAAUUUCUGACUCACAGGAUUAAUCAGAUUUUUCAGGCAGUGUUUAACCGGGUGCUUUGUCCUGUAUGUUAUUCUGUCUGUCUGUCUUAGCUCCCUGUCUUUCCUGUAUAUACCAUCUGUCUCCAUGAAGCAAAGAAAUAGUGUGACAAUGUGUUCAUGAUUUUAGUACUGAGUGUUCUGCCCCACUUCCUGCCUUCUUCGCUGUUUGGACCAGC